UCCUAGGCCCGGCCCGUUUCUCUAGCUUCUCGGCUCUGCUUCUCGCUCCGAACGGUAAUCUGAGCAUUCCUACUGGGGUGUGGAACCCCAAUCAGAAUGCGAAGCCUGUUGCGUAUUGUCUCGUUCCUCCGCUUGACUGUGAGCUUCUGGUGAAUGCCACUGCUUCCAGCUCUCCGGAAGCUUUGGAGGACCAAACACAGCUUUCCCCUUAGAACGUGGGCAUUAGCUUCACGGCUUAUACAACAGGUCAAUUCAUUUCUAUCUGGAAUUGUGGUCCUGCCGAACAUCGUUCUCUCUGCAUACCGAUAUUACAGUAGAAUGGCCAAGCACGAUCGAUUGGGGCUGAGCUGUGGUCACCGGCGCCGCGGCAACGGAUCCCAUGACGGAUCAGUUCUGCCUGAUUCGGACAGCAAUGCUGUAUAUGAAUGCGCUUCGAGACUCAAUCGGGUGAUAGGCAUCCUGUAAAGCCGGAACUUCACCGCCGAAAGGCGUGGUUCUUGUAUGGCUCAGAAGCAACUUGAAAGAAAGGGUCGUUUCAGGAAUCGAGAGCUUCCUGUUCCGUUGAAGUGAGGCAGAAAUACGAAAAUUCCAUCU